AUCUCAGUUUCUCCUUAUCCUCUAACGGUGGGGGUUAACCACACCGGGCGGUUUCUAUAUCCUCACUCCAUCGCUACCCGCUUGCUCCUGCAGUCCUGCUUCUCCUAAUAAUAAUUCCGCCACGCCUGACUUUUCUGCGUAUAAAAUAAAUACAUACCCCGCCUCCCCCUUUCCGAAGCGAAGCCCCCUUCCUCUUCUUCUUUCUUCCUCCUCCUGCUCCUCCUCCUAACUCGUCGCGUCGGGUCGUAUCGAAGCAAAGCGAAGCCCAAGAAGAAGAAGAAGAAGAAGAAGAAGAAGAGCAUAUAUGGCCCUGGUCCGAGGUCGAAGGCCCCACCUCACCAUCGACCUCCCAUCUGCGGGGGCCGCCGCCGAGUGCCGCGUCCGGUUUCAGGCUCAGGCUCAGGCGCAGGCGCAGGCUCAGGCUCAGGCUCAGGCUCGGCCUCGGACUCGGCCUGAGUCGCCGUCGCCGUCGACGUCCGGAUCCUCGGAAUUCGGCGAGUUCCGGCUGUGCGACCUGGAGCGGCUGGGCGUGCUGGGGAACGGCAACGGGGGCACCGUCUACAAGGUGCGCCACCGCCCGACCGGCGCGCUCUACGCCCUCAAGACGCUGAGCGCCGCCGACUCGGCGGCCCGGGGGGCGGCGCGGGAGGUGGAGAUCCUGCGGCGCACGGACUCGCCGAGCGUGGUGCGGUGCCACGCCGUGUUCUCGACGCCGUCGGACGCGAAGCUGGUGCUGCUGGAGCUGAUGGACGGCGGCUCCCUCGACUCGGUGCUCCGCGGGCGCGGCAGCCGGCCCUUCCCGGAGGCGGCGCUGGCGGAGGUGGCGGCGCAGGCGCUGCGGGGGCUGUCGUACCUGCACUCGCUCAAGAUCGUCCACCGCGACAUCAAGCCCGCCAACCUGCUGGCCAGCUCGCGCGGCCUCAUCAAGAUCGCCGACUUCGGCGUGGGCAAGAUCCUGCGCCGCUGCCUCGACCCCUGCGCCACCUACGUGGGCACCACCGCCUACAUGAGCCCCGAGCGCUUCGACCCGGACACCUACGGCGGCGACUACGACCCCUACGCCGCCGACGUCUGGAGCCUCGGCCUCGCCGUCCUCGAGCUCCGCCUCGGCUACUUCCCGCUGCUGCCGGCCGGCCAGAGGCCCGACUGGGCCGCCCUCAUGUGCGCCAUCUGCUUCGGCGAGCAGCCCCCGCACAUCCGCAGCUUCGUCGCCGCCUGCCUGCAGAAGGACUCCAAGCGCCGCGCCUCCGUCGCCGACCUCCUCGCACACCCCUUCGUCGCCGACCGCAACCCCGACGACUCCGCGCGCGCCCUCCGCGACCUGCUCGCCGAGGCCCCCAGCCACCAGCACCAGCACCAGCACCAGCACCAGCACCAGCACCGCCACCACCACCACCACCAAUAAUGAAGAUGGAAGAUGCUCUCUGCAAUGCAUGCAGUUCUCGCUCUUCCAUCGAUCUCCGCAUCACUCUCGCUCUUCACUCUCACUGAUCUGUAGAUAGAUACGCAGACUGAGUCCACGUGGAGCGAGGGCGUCCGCGUUGCGAUAUCUUUUUUUCUUUUUUUGUUUCUGGUUUCUGUACAGGCGUACUAGUUCCCUCCCCCUCCUCGUCGUUACAAAAAUUUUUGCCGCUGCUACUUUUAUCAUUAUCAUUAUUAUUAUUAUUUUAUCGAUGUAGGUUGUGGAUUAGUAGUUUCUUUCUUUCUUUCUUUCUUUCUUUCAUUUUGUGAAGCUGCUGGUGGUGGGCGACGGCCGGGGAUAUUGUAAUUUCUUUCCUCCCUGCAAUUAGGGGUUUUCAUUUAUAAAGGAAGAGUUUCUUUAUUCCUUGGCAAGAAAUUCGUGUCUGUCUGUCAGAAGAUCUAUGUACAGCUAGCUAGCUUAAUUUGUGAUCGGUUAUCAGAUUACAAUUUUGUGAUCGGUAUUAUUAUAUUUUAAAGACCUAAAUUGCAACAGUUUA